CGUGCCACUUACAGUUAGGGAAUCCGAUUGUAAUUUUCGCCCCGACGUUUUGAGAUUUCACGGCGGAAUUUUGAAAUUGGACAGAUCAUUCGGCUGAAAAUAACGCUGUCUGAUAAAAUCGUAUUUUCCCCUAAAUUUUCGUGAAUAAACGUUUUAUCGCGGGAGAGAUCAAAACUUUCUUACUCGAGAAUACACACGCGUAAUACAUCUCCCUUCGCAGAGUUGAACGAAAAAAAAGAAUAAAGAGGAGGAGGGAAUUGAGGGAAAAAACAAACCCAAAACACUUAUACCACUACUACGCCACUGUCAUAUAUUAAAAAAUUCUCUCCUUUCUCGCUUUGCGCGCACAUUGCAACUUGCAACUGAAAACAACAAAUCGAGACAAUUCUGUGCAGUCUUCGCUCGUCUUUAUAUCGAAUAUUUUAUUUCUAUUUCUCACGUUUACUCUACCGUGCAGCUACACCGAAAUAAAACAUAAUGUGUCGGUGACAUGGCGUCAAAAUUUCGCGCUAGACGAAAAGUUGUGUUUUCAAAAAUACAAAACGGUGUAAACAAAGUGUGACCAGAUGAAGAUGAAACGCUCGAAACUUGACGUGAUAAAUGCGACUGUCGAAUCAUAUUUGAAGCGACGGCGUUAUCAAGACGGCGAUUUGUAUCACAAAAGUGAUAGAAUCGGCUGUCGAACGAGCGAGGAAAUGACAUUAAAUGCAACAGCCGAAUGCGGCACAUCGCGUGACAAUUCCAUCGUCUUUAGCGCUAUUAUAAAUGACGUUGCAGCUGCUGAUCAAGCUUAUCAGAGAUUGAAAAACUGGAUCAACAAUAUAGUAAAUGAGAAAAUGAGAUUAGAAUUAAUGGGUCUUCUAUAUCCUGUUUUUUGUCAUCUUUAUCUGGAGAUGCUACAUGCCGGCAAUAGACAAGCAGCUCUACAAUUUCUGAAAUGUCAUCAGAGCGAUUUUCUUAGCGAUACUGAAAGGGAUUUUCUGGAGGAGUUGUCAAGCGUAUUUUCCAUACAUGACAUAGAACUGAGGCCACUGGUUAAUGCCUUCAGAACUAGAAAGUACAAAGUUGAUAUGUCCGACGAGUCUCAUGUUUGUCUACAGAAAUUUCUUACUAAACACGGACAUAUCAUAAUAAUGCAGGUAAUAAAUAUUCACCUGACGAUAAUUAGAAAAAUAGUCGACAUGAACUCAAUGGACGAGGAAACUGGUGACAGAAGUCAAAAGAACGAAAUCAGUAUAAACGGUCACGUCGAACAAGCUUGCGGUACAGGGGUAGAUCGCGAAAUGCGUGAAUUGCAAGAAGCAAUACGAUUGAUACGCAACAACGCUCAUCAACCCCUAAGAAUAAUGACUAUAAACAACGCCGUCGAAAAUGCGAGUUGCGGAAGAAUAACACCGAGUAUGGACAAAUUAGCUUCAGGAUUUAGUACAGCAGAGAUAAGACUUUGGGGUAUCGGCGACACGGUAUUGAUGAUGCCGAAAAGUCGGCAAUCUUUGGUAACUUUCGCUUGUGAUGCAGCUUCUACGAGCAGAUCGUCCGAACCCAACAUAGACAUAGAAGAAGCGGGGGCUGUAGUAUUACGUGGACACACAGACGUCGUUCACGAUUUGAGAUUCGUCUCCGAAUCGGAAAUCCUUCUUUCGGUUUCAAGUGACAAAGAUAUGAGGGCGUGGCGGUUAAAUGAUUAUUCUUGCGCAGCUAUAUACAAUGGUCACAACUAUCCAAUAUGGUGUAUGGACACGAGUGUAUUUAAUUUAUAUAUAGCAACCGGUUCUCAUGACAGAACCGCCAAGCUCUGGUCGCUCGAUCGAAAGUUCCCAUUGAGAAUAUUUGCUGGACAUUUUUUAGACGUUAACUGUAUAAAAUUUCAUCCAAACGCACGAUACUUGGCGACUGGUUCGGCGGACAAAACUAUCAGGUUGUGGAAUAAAGAUGAUGGUAGCCUCUUGAGACUUUACGUAGGAGCUCAAUCGGCUAUUUACAGUUUGGUUUUCAGUCCCGAUGGGAAAUAUCUCGCAACAGCCGGGGACGACAAGUGUAUAUCGAUAUGGGAUUUGGCUACUGAUGCAUUGUUAACGGAACUUAAAGGCCAUCAGGACACUGUUAUGAAUUUGGAUUGGAGUGCGGAUGGGCAAUACAUAGCAAGCGCUAGUAUGGACGGUGUCGUUCGUCUCUGGUCAACUCAGGAACACAUUAGCAGCAGCAGUGGUGGGUCGAACAACUCAGCUGUCGAAGUUAAUAGUCCUCAAAUAUACUCAACAAAUUGCUCAAGUAUCCUCUCACUACAAUAUUACCGCAAGAACAAUUCUCUCGUAUGCAUAGGCACAAUAUGAGAAAAAUUGCCAGUACCUACCGAAAAAGAUAACAGUUUUCCUCACGAUGAGCCUCGAACGAGUAUAUACAAAGAACCAUGGAAGUUUUUGGAACGAUCGUAUUUUAUUGUUUCUCUUUUCAUGGGACAUUCGCGAAAUAGAGUGCCAAAUUACGGGAAAUGAACAAAACAAAAUAUAUUGUAAAAGAGGUACUGAAAAAAGUUGAAUCGUUUUCCGUGUGGUUCGUAUCACAAGGAUAAUUGAAUUGUGAAAAAAACCAUUUUUUUCAAAAUCACCAUUUGAAAAAACCUUUCAAGUUUCGAUGAAAAAAAGAAAAGCUCAGAAAUGAACUACAUUCGGCUUGGAUUUAGGUUUGUCACCGUUUUUAUUAUCUUUCCAAACCCAAACAAAUUUACAAUGCUUCUUCUUUCUAUUACGUAUUUCAUUGAAGCAUACAUUAAUUAUAACUCGCCUUGAAAAUAUUUUGUGCCUCUAGGAAAUAUUCCAAAUUUUUGUUAAUCUGUUUAUUCCCGUUGCCCGUGUCCCACCGAAUAAAACUAAAAGACUCUUGCACACGAAAUUCUUUGAUUAUAUAAUUAUACUUUAUGGCUGUACAAAAUUUUGGAAGCCACUGCCACAAAUAUUAGCUUAAAAUGAACUGCUUACUUGAAACGUCUCGAAUCUUCCUAUUGUUUGUAGAACAGGAAACUAAUGAUGAAGUGGCGUUGGAAGAUCCACAAGUAAAAAACAGAACAUGUACACAAAUGCGUAAUGUCACAAAUAAUAGAUCCCUACAUAAAAAUGUUAAAUGUCAUGAAUAAUUCAUUCGUCUUCGUAAACGUUGCUGAAAGAAAAAAAAACGAAAGAAAAGAAUAACGAACCCACUAUUGCUAAAACUGCAUACUAAUAGUUCGGGUAGUGAUGAAUCCAAACUAUCAUGCUGGCUGUGGAAAAGCAUAGUAUUCUUCCCUAUUUUCUCAUUAAUUUGGGUACGCGAAGAGAGACUUCAUAGGGAAGGAAGACUUCGAAUAGAACUUGAAUGAUGUUAAAAAUUUUAAUUAUUUGUCUGAGUACGAAGCGAUGAACUCUGAAAUAAAUUAGUAGUUGGAUCCCUUCUUUGUAAUGUUUCGACUCAAAAUUGAACUAAAAUUGUCAGCGAUAACAGAGUAACAAAAAAAGUACUCUGAGGCAAUGGAAUUUGAUGCUCGAAUUUUGACAAAUACUACAGUAUCAAUUGGCAAUAAUUUAUAGGAAAAAAUAAUGAAGAAAAUGAAUAACGAUCGUCGCACUAAAUUUUGUCUGCGAAUACGAUUUCAAUUUAGCAGUAACCAAUGUUUUUUAGCUAAAUUAAUAUAGUUUUAUUUAUCCUGAAACGUAAAAGGUACAUCGGACACGAAUUUCGGCGAAAAUGGAUCCACUCUCGUAUUGCAUAACAUGAUAUUAAUGGUGGUAAUGAUAUUUGUUUUUCUUUAAUGCUGAAUCUACCUCAUUACCUAAGAUCGUGUGUAAUAUUCUUCCAUACACUUAAGUGAAUAUGAUUUUUGCACUAAAAGUUACAAAGGGAUAGGUGUUUUAGUAAUGUACUCGUCAGGAUUGUAUACGAAAAUGUAUUGAUUGUAUGUCGAUCCUUUUGCCGCUGUAUACAUAUGGGAUUGAAGAAAAAAAAUGGACCUAUAAUCUGAUGAGAUGAGCAGAAUAAUGCAGAGGAUUGAACUAAAUAUCAGUAAUAAGGGAAUACGAAUAAAGAUUUGAUUUUUUCAAGCCUUAAUGUAAUCGAUCGAAAUUACAAUAGUGGUACAAAAUACUUUUUUUUUUUUUUAAUAACACUCAGUAAAUUUACUGAAUACGAACGAGCGAAAAACGUUGUUUUACUUUUGCAUUCAAUUAAAAUCUCAUCAAUUGAUAAAAAUGAUCAAUUUUGAUUAGAAGAAAAUACGAUUGGGGGAUAAUAAUCCUCACGAGUCAUUCUCACUGUUUAUUUUAUAUUUUAUUAAAUAAUCCAAUGCAAAGAACAAAAUACUUUAAGCAUAUUCAACGGAUAAUGGGUCAACAAAUGUUUUGUUCGUUUUGUUUGUUGUACUGUUAAGUGAAAAUAUAGCGAUAAAAGAGGAA